AAUACAUUGCGGAUGCCAACUAUCCUGCAGUUUGGCAUUCUCCAUAGACGCUUCGUCACACGAGAAUGGAGCCAUCAAAACUUCCAAUUCGGCGGCUGAAACACCAUAAACAGAUGCAAACGCAUACUGGUAUUCUUGAAUUCCCAACUCUCAAGAAGACGCGCAGAUUUGGUGCCAAAGUGAAGACAGGAUGCCGGACGUGCAAGAUCCGACGGAUCAAAUGUGAUGAAAGGAGACCAGAAUGUGAGAGAUGUACAAGUACAGGGCGCAAAUGCGAAGGUUACAUUCAAGACAAACAGGACAGGUCAGAAUCUCUUCUGCUGACUAAGUCUUCCGCCUUUCUGAACAUCAGCCCGGCCAUGACGGAACUCGGAGAAGGCGUGCUGUAUCUCGAAUUCUACCAUCACUGUGGAAGCCCUACGAUCUCUGAUCAUUUUGACCACGAGUUCUGGUCUCGGACGGUCUUGCAAAUGGCCCAAUCAGAGCCAGCGAUCAAACACGCCCUGAUCGCUAUUGGCUAUCUCAUUAAGACUGAACCAGGUGACCUCAGGCAUGCUCGUUUGGAGUCGGUCAACGAGAACCGUAAAAUAUUGCUCGUCCACUAUAACAAAUCGGUCCGAUGCCUUGUCGAUAGAAUGGAAGCAUCGCCGAGCUCGGUUGAGGUCAGUCUUGUCACCUGUAUGCUGUUUAUAUGCAUCGAGUUUAUCCGAGGAGACUAUCACGCUGCCUUCUCGCACCUCUAUAGCGGCCUGAAAGUCAUUGCCGAAUGGCGGCAGCAACAGCAACAGCAGCGGCUGAAUCACUUCAAAUUACUUCCAGACUACAAGUCAUCUGGUACAGUUACCUCUCACAUCCAGGGAUCGAGUAACAUCAUAUCGGACAAACUUUCACCAAUGUUCAACAGAGCGAUGACGACGGCGCUCCUGUUUGGUGCGCCUUUCGAACCGCAGCUUGAGCUCUUUUGUCCGCCAACGAACACUUUGAAAUGCACUGUUUUCGCUACUGUUUUUCAGGCACAGGCUGCAAUGCACGAACUGAGAAACGCAUCACUAUUUAUGAUAUCUAUAAUCUUUCGAAAGAGUAUAAGGGGUGCCGAGUUGUCACCAGAGGAGAAAUCACGGCGAGCAGACCUAUUAGCAUCACAUGAUUCCUGGCACAGAGCCCUGCAGGAUUUGGAAAAUGGGAAAAUAUUAUCGAAGAAGGAUCAGGUUGUGGCAAGCUCGCUGAAAGUAUUUUACUACUGCGUGGUCCUUGCUUUGAUAGGCGUCGGUAAUCUGUCUUGCAUGGCUCUCGAUGCACAUCUUUCCAGCUUUCAAGCCUUAAACCGUCAUGCCAGAUUAGUUCUCGACUCGAUGGAUCUCGCAUCAGCCUCGCAAACAACGUCUCCAACCCCAUCACCAAGUACAUCACCUAGCUCUAAAGGUUCGCCUAAUAGUAGCAACGGCUCUCUAUCGCCUCUGAUGCCAAUUGCGCGACGAGAAGCAGCUCAUUUUACCUUUGAGAUGUCGGUAAUAGUUCCUCUGUAUUGGGCUGCAACUAAUUGCCGGUGCCCCGCCACUAGACGAGAGUCUGUCGCUCUUCUUGAAAAGGACCCGCCUCGCGAAGCUUUUUUCGAAGCGAGAAUGCAUGCUGUUGUGGCGAGGCGCGUGAUUCAAAUAGAGGAAAGGGAAGUCGACCCUGAAACAGGUUGGCCCAUUCAGAGGUCUAGACUAGUCAGCGCUCUAGUAUCGUCUGAUAUGGACAGGAAUGGGAGAUUCUAUGCUGCCUACAGGUCUUUGCCGUGGGUUUUGAGGAGCAUGGAUCCGAACGAUCCUGAACGUCACCCAGGGGACACGGAUCCAAAAGGACAAAGCAAUGAGUGGAUCGAAUGGUUUCAAUUAUAA